ACGUCACAACCCAGGUCACCGCGGUUGAGCCUGACCGGGUUCAGGUUCGGGCUCAAGACCAACUAAUCCAAGAUGGCGGCCACCUGCCUGUUACGGCGUGCAAAUACUUGUGCUAAAUUCCAGAUAAUUGCUAGAGUUGGAGUAGAUAAUUCUGCAGGACGAAAUGAUUUGAUGCUUGGUCCAAUAUGGGUUCUCCAAAGUCGAACAAAAAUCAGCAAAUCAUCUCCUUUCGGAAAAAGAGUGAACCCAAUGGCUGCCCAGCGAGAAAGUUUUUUGAAAAACUUCCCCAAUGCCAAGGACAUGGCCCCUUCAAAAGACAACCAGGAAUCUGCUCUUGUAAUAGAUAGUGUUGGUACUGUUGUCAGUAAUUAUGUGCCCCUGGACAAGAAAGCUUUUAUUCUGACUCCAACUGGUAUAAAGCAGAGAUGGAAUGCUUUUAAAAUGAGUUUGUGGACAGUCUACAGUCUGGCUUUUGUUAGACGAUACUGCAAGCCAUUUAAGCUCAGGGAGUUUGCCAAAGAUGCUCAAAAUCUAUUCAUUCAAGUAAACAAAGCCCUGGAAGAUAAGAACAAGCGGAAGCUGGAAGAGCUUGCAACCGGAUCUGUUUAUCACGCGUUGAGAAAAGAGUUCUUCCCGCCCAGUAAACAGCUCCACUGGCGCUACGUUAAGGAGCUUGAGAGACCACGCGUGGUGCACGCCCGAGUCAUACCCGUCGACUCCAAAGAAAACCUAUUCGCGCAGGUCACAGUUAAGAUGAACUCCGAGCAGGGAAACCUGAUUCUGGUAACCAGCGGCUCUUGUGAUAACACAUUACACAGAUUCAGCAAGGUAAUGGCGGUCAAGGAUCAGCACGGGCGUCACAUCAAAGGAAGCGGUAAGACAGUAAAGAAAGUCACAGACUACGUAGUCUUUGAGAGGCAUCUUCCGAAUGAGUUUGGGCGCUGGAGAGUGGCGGGAAAAGUGUUCCAGCCUUUACAGCAAUCGCCUGCGGUAGCGCAGUCAAGCGGUAAUAUGCCAUCUGCGCAGCCGUCAUCUUGAAUUAUACUCAUGCUUGGAUUUGAGGUUGUGGAAGCAUUUUAAAAGAAAUCCCUUAAAACUGCCUUGAGGCUUCCAACUUCCCUUCCCCGACGACAUGUACACCUAUUUCAAAGGAGGUUGCACUUGGAGCACCCGUUUUCUCAUCCUAAAUGGAACAAAUCCGCGUUUAUGCGCCUCUAAACAUUCAAGUUGAGUAAACCACCACGAGCAAACACGAGGGGUGUGUCCAGCCAUCUGCACGUUAUCCACGAACCUCUGCGGGCUGCAACACAUGAAUACUCCAGUAAAACCGUUUUUGACAAUAGGUGUAUACGCAGCAUGAUAUGUAUGGUUGUUUCAGACAAGGCAAAGAGCAAUUCAGUAGCGUGGUUUAUCACUGCUUUGCAAUGUAGCAAUAUUGGCCCUUCCAGGGAGCCGGGGCUUGAUAAUGAAGCAAUACACUAACUACAAGUUAGUGUUAGUUUACUAAGGAGUUGUAUACAGAGAAAAAAUAUAAUAGAAAAAAAUAAUUUUUAAAAA